GCGGCCGCGGCCCCUCCGCGCUCAUGCCCGGCCCGACCCGCGGCGGCCGGCUCGGGGGUGGCCGCUCGGCGACCGGAGCCCGCGUGCCGAGGCCCAGGCGGUGGGGCUGCGGGCUCGGGGGCGCGGCGGCCGGCGCUCCCGCCGCUGCUCUGCUGCUCGGCUCCUCCUCUCCGCUCCGCGGCUCUGCCCUGCUCUGCUCUGCUCCCGGUCUCCGCCCGCCGCCGUCUCAGCCCGGCCUCCGGCAGGCCGGUCCCCGCGCGCACGUCACGAGCGCGUGUGAGCAUGCGCCCCGCGGGCCGCGCCCCCGCCCCCCUCCAGCGCCCUGGCGCUCUGGUGCCAGCCCGCCCCGGCCCUGCCCCCUCCCGGCCUGCCCCCUGGCGCAGGGCCGCCGAGGGGACCCGGGGGCGGAGGGCGGGGCGCGGCUCCCUGUUGCUUCCGCCUCCGGGGCGGGGGUGCGGGCCGCGCAGCCGGGGCCUGGACGGCGGGCCCUGGGCGUCCAGCCCUGGGUCCGGCCUGAAACGUGUAUCUCCCCGCGAAGGCCCGAGGGCAGGGGCGAGAUCGCGGGGAGUCGGGGAGGGGAAGGGAUCAGGUUGGGCCGGAGACCGGCUAAACCCGGCCUGUGUCUCCCUCGUGCUCCACGGCCCCACGCGCGGCCCGCCUGCUUGGCAGGUGAGGGGGCGCCGAGGCGGGCCCCGCGGGGCUGCCCAGAGUCGCACAGCUCCUCUGCGCCGAGGCGAAGCAUCUGUUCUCGCUGCCACGGGCCACCGCUUGUGAAACCAGAGGGGCCUGACAGGGCCCCUGGAGGAACGCCACUGAGUGUCCCCCUGGCUGGCUGUGAAGAGAAGCUUCCACGUGGACCCUUUGGGGAUUAGAUACAGAAGCUUGGGAUUGGGUGGGAGUGAAUGGUGGUCAUGGCUAAACUAUCUGGAUUCUGAACUGCUUUUCUUCAGUAAAAUGCUCAUUUUUGGUCACCUAACUCAUCGAUUCUCCACUUUCCAACCGAAUCUACUCUCUCCUGCGUGGCAUCCAGGAGGCCAAUGGCCAGCGUCAGGGGAUCUUCACCAACGGGGCGCCCGUUGCGAGCUGAGACCAAGCAGAGAGGCUGGGGCCUUUCUUCCCUCGUCUGCACCCUGGCCUGGCAGUGUCUGUGUCCUUCGGUGACCACAGUGCUUGCCCAGCUUUCUUUCUUGUUGGAUCAAUUCGUGUCAGGCGCCGAAUGAGUGGGUGACAGUUGUCACCCCAUGCUUCCUACAGCCAGGCAGCGGGGUCAGCUGGGCCCUGGGGAGCAGCACCUCUGGUGGGUCGUGGAGCCACGUUCACACUGCAGCAGGUGGUCCUGUCGCCAUGCGGUCUUCCACAUCUCCUCCCAGGAACGCCUUCUGCUUUCUGCCGGGACCCUGGCUGCUUGAGACAGAUAUUGACCGGCCUAGCACCUUGCGAACGGUGACAUUUGCAGGGGGCGGGUGGAAGGACACAGGCAGAGGCCACACAAGGCCACAGGAUAAAGGCUGUGUGCCUUUCAGGGACACCUGUUUUGUUCAGUGGUCAAUGCUAAUUUCAUCUUGUAGUAAACACUGUGGUGGCCACAGCCAUGCCCUCCGUCCUUGCUGGCAGAAGCCCACCUUGGUGCAGGUAGCCACCCUCUGCGUGGCUAGGGGUAAACUGGUCCAUGUGAGCUAAUCUCGGUAACUCCAUGCCUCUUCUUGUGACUGGUUUUGAAACAAGUUUUAAACCAGUGAAUCCUGCUGUUGGGAAAGGUCUCCUCACUUGUAAAAAGCGCAUAAAGAGGACAUGCUCCUCGUUUCCUGCCGGAUGUUGUGUGUCUGGAUGUGAUGUCUGGCGUUUCGCAGCCUUCUUGCGUCCGUGAUGUGACAGGAACAGCGUCACAGUGGGGAUGGCAGCGUGGAGAGAUGGGAAGAGCAUGGGUCCUUAGUGACACCACUGGGCCACUACCCUAACUUGGAUUUCAUGUUUUGAGAGAUAAUAAAUAUCCUUAUUGAGUUGGAUUUUCUGUUGCUAGCGGCUCACAGCAUCCUAAUUCUAAACCUAUGGAAACAUGGGAUUGAUAUAUAUACACUAAUAUGUAUCAAAUAGAUAACUAAUAAGAACCUGCUGUAUGAAAAUAAUAAUAAUAAAAAAAUAAACCUAUGGAACCAAACCAGUUAGGUGUCUAUUAAAGUAACAUUAAGU